AUGUGCCUGCCCUGGUGGCUGUCGCUUGCCAGUGUCCCAAGACACAGUUUUUUGCGGCGGGACGAAACUCAACCCCGUAAUCCUCUAGUACCACUUGCACCAAACGAAAACCAGCUACAACAAUCACCUGCUGUUGGCGGCAGAAGUACGGAUCUAACUGUUGGUGGAUACGCGGUCCCAUCUACACUUGAUACCGGUGGCGGAAAUGGUUUAAGUCAAAACCCGACAAACUCUGCGUCCAAUGAUAAUUACGAAGACUCUCUUCGUGUACCCCGUACCACCGACAGUGGCAAUAGCAACCCAGCCCUUACUGAUACUAAUGGUGGAUAUGGGAGGCCAAUCAGAUCAGAUAACAGAACUGGACGAGAAAAUUAUACUCUAUCAGUAUCUCUAUCUCAGCCAUCGACUUAUGGCCAGACUAGGGCGAAUGUUCAAAAUGUCAAUCCGAAGAUUUCUGGUACUGAUAAAGAAUCGGAAGACACCCCUUCUCGAUCUACAUCUGCACUCGGCGGGACCAGAAGCACAUCAACCGCUGUUGGUGGGAACGAUUUGACGGCAAAUCCGACCGCUUCCAAUGGUCACGGUGGGUAUGGCACCACAAGCGAAUCUGGCAGUAGUAUUUACACAAAUUCUCAAGGUGGCUCGACCAAUGUUGGUGGAAAUGGUUUGAAUGCCAAUCCAACCACCUCUGGCACUAUCGACGACCCGGACUAUCAGGAAGAUUCCACAACUACACCGGGCAGUGUCAGUGGUGCCAACGGAGUCCCAUCUCUGACUAACACUAACAGCGGAUAUGGGACUCCAAGCAGCAACCUCAAGUCUGGCAUUAAUAGUCAUGAAAAUUCACCAACUCUAGGCACAUCGACUAACGUUGGUGGAGAUGUUUUAAAUGGGCUUCCGACCUCCUCUAAUACUGGCGGUGUUUAUGGGACCCAAAGCAAAUCCGACAUGAAUAUGUAUACAACUUCUCCAACUCCAUCUAUACUCCGCGGCUCUCAAGGUCCAUCAACCCCUGUCGGUGGAAACGGUCUGAAUGCAAAUCCAUCAUCCUCUGACGCUGGUGACGACCUCGACACGAUCACACCGAGCAGUCUCGGUGGCGCCAACGGUAUCCCAACUGCUACCAACGCGAACGGUGGGUAUCAAAACCCAAGCAAACCCGGCAUUACUACGUAUGCUGUUUCUCCAUCUCCAUAUGUACCCGACAGCUCCAAAAGUACAGCGCCUGCUCUUGGUACAAAUGGGAUGACUAGCAAUUCAGCUACCUCUGACAUUGGUGAAGAAUCGGACGAGUUUGGAUCUCCAACCAGUAACAUCGGUGGUGGCAACAGCAACUCGGCUACUAACGUGAACAUCGGAUAUGGCGACCCAAGCAAAUCCGGCGCUGUGAAUUAUGGAACAAGUUCACCGAGCAGUCUCGGUGGUGCCAACGGUAUCCCAACUGCUACCAACGGGAACGGUGAGUAUCAAAACCCAAGCAAACCUGGCAUUGCUACGUAUGCUAUUUCUCCAUCUCCAUAUGUACCCGGCGGCUCCAAAGGUACAGCGCCUGAUGUCGGUGGAAAUGGGAUGACUAGCAAUUCAGCCACCUCUGACAUAGGUGGAGGAUCAAAAGCGUUGGGAUCUACAACCAGUAACAUCGGUGGUGGCAACAGCAACCCGGCUACUAACUUGAACAUCGGAUAUGGUGACCCAAGCAAAUCCGGCGCUGUGAAUUAUGGAACAAGUUCACCGAGCAGUCUCGGUGAUGCCAACGGUAUCCCAACUGCUAACAACGCGAACGGUGGGUAUCAAAGCCCAAGCAAACCUGGCAUUAAUACGUAUGCUAUUUCUCCAUCUCCAUAUGUACCCGGCGGCUCCAAAGGUACAGCGCCUGAUGUCGGUGGAAAUGGGAUGACUAGCAAUUUAGCCACCUCUGACAUUGGUGGAGGAUCAAAAGCGUUGGGAUCUACAACCAGUAACAUCGGUGGUGGUAACAGCAACCCGGCUAGUAACUUGAACAUCGGAUAUGGUGACCCAAGCAAAUCCGGCGCUGGUAUUUAUGGAACAAGUCCUUCAAACCCGACCAGCUUGAGUGGGGGAAGUGCAAUUCCAACUAGUAAUAACAUUAAUGGCAGAGGAGCUAGUGGCACUCAAGCAAGGAAUGCAACUACCACCACAACUCCGAGCACAACUCAGAAGCCACCGAUACCUGUUCCACCUCCCGUUCGUCCAACCCAGCCAGCGGAUGGGACUCAUGCCGAUAAACCAAUUACAUGCGGCCUCAGUUUUCACACUUCACCUCCUGACUCCAAAAAAAAGGCUGACUCUGUCUCUUGUCGUAGCAAAGAUGGUUUGGGAUACUACUGUCCCUCCUCCAAAUGUUUGGUACCAAAACCAGGAAAGACUGAACCAAUAACCCCUUUUUCCGAUUUCACCUUCGAAAAUUGCGACCGGCUGGCUGACAAAGAUUUAGGUGCCCAAACAGCCAUACCUGUAGUUCAUCCAGUUCAAUUUUGGACUCGCAAAGAGGCGGGGAGCUUGACUGUUAAAGGUUAUGAAGAUGUCACUCUCAAGAAUCAGAAACAUGUUUACAUAUGCCGUUCCACCAAAAAAGCUGAUGUCAACUCUAUGAGACCUGUUUGUGAAAAGUGUUCUUCCAAGAAGUUCACGGAUGACCCCGACCCUUCCAGAAAAACCCCAUGAAUAAAUUCAGUGUCAGG